AUGGACACAUCCUCACGCUCAUACAAAAAGGCCCUCCGACAUCACCUCAAAUCCCAGCAAAACAAAGCACACGAAGAUAAGCCCCCGCUAUCUCCGUUCAGAGCCGCGGAGAAAAAAUACAAAUCGAGAUUCCCUCCACCGGAUUUGAGCCAGGUUUUAGAUUUGGGCGCUGCCAGGGAAGAGAACGUAACUGGAGAGUGGCGAGGGAAUCCGAAUGUGUCGGGGCUCAAGAUGAAAGAGGUUGGAUUAAAAGGGGGCGGAAAGGCGUACACGUUUGAGUCCAUACCUGGCCUCGUCCUCUUGCCUUUUUUCGUUGCCCCAACCGCCCAGCGAUCGCUCGUUACUCGGUGUCUCAGAGAGCACGCGCGCUCCCCCAACGAGUCCAAUCUCGAUGCACACUACCAAGUCCCUCGGAGCGGACUGUGGAACGCAUGGGAGCGGGUUGUGGGCCAGAGAGAAAAGCUGGCGGAUCCGAGUUUCGAUAUAGAGGUUGAAACAAAAUGGAAGGACGACUUGCCCUUGGAUGCGUAUCAUCCACCAGACACAACACGAACGCUCGUCGAAAACGAACCGGGCUCGCUCGGGGAUUCUCAAGCCAAACUGGCGCCGAUGCCAUCUUCUACCCUCCCACCCUCCACAGUAUCUCAGCUCGUCCCAAAACUCCGCUGGUCAAAUAUAGGCUUGAAUUACCACUGGGGUACCAAGUCGUACGACUUUGAACGAGAUAGGGUGCCAUUUCCAGACGAUAUACGAGGGGUUUGUGUGGAUGCCGUCCAGAGGGUAGACUGGACGGGCGUUUGGGAGGGUGUUGCAGAUGGCAUGGAGUGGAAGGAUGGAGUGGACUGGGAUAUCUGGGAACGGACGUACGAACCGGAUGCGGGUAUCAUUAAUUUUUAUCAGCCUAGAGAUACACUUAUGGGUCAUGUCGAUCGUUCCGAAAUCUCGUCAACUACGCCACUAGUAUCCAUUUCAUUGGGCAACGCAGCAAUAUUCUUAAUCGGAGGACUAUCUCGAGACAUCGAGCCCAUUCCAAUUUUGCUGCGCUCUGGAGAUGUGGUGAUUAUGAGUGGCCCAGGGUGCCGACGUGCUUAUCAUGGCGUUCCUCGAAUUCUGGAAAACUCGACUCCAGCGUACUUGACUGAGUUGGAGAACCAGGAUAGAGGUGACCAAUUGAUAUCCGAGUACAUAAAAAACGCGAGGAUAAACUGUAACGUUAGACAAGUAUUUCCAAGUACCCAAGAGAGUACCGAGGGUGCUUGA